AUGGAAUGCUCAAAUCCGGAAGGGAAACCGAAUAGCACAGUGAUCAAUGCUAGUGAAGGCAAUGAUGAAUUGAAUGACGAUGGCGUUGUUAAUCAAGAGGGUUCCUUGGUCGACGAAAUCACCGACGUCAUGGUGACGAGAAAUGAUGAGUUGGAUUUAAGACACGAGUUGCCGGAUCAUAGUGGGCUCGGUGAAGAGGAAAUCCCAGCCAUAGGAAUGAGAUUUGAUUCGCUGCAUUUGGCACAGGAGUUUUAUGCAAGUUAUGCAAAGAAAUUGGGGUUUGUAACUAAAGUCAGGAACAUGAACUUUGACAAGAUGCGGAAGGACACAAAGAUAUCCAUUAAUCAGUCUCUUCACUGCACUCGAGAGGGUUAUCGAGAAUCUCGUGUUAAGGCAGCAACUAGGUCAAACAGAAUAACAGCCACGAGAUGCAAAGCAAGAAUGUAUGUCAUGCUGGACAGGGAGAAGGAAUGUUGGGUUGUGUCCAGGGUAGAAUUGAGGCAUUCUCACCCCUGUUCGGCUGAUAAAGCUGUCCAUUAUCAUGAGUACCGGGAGCUGACCAUGCAUGCCAAGUGUGUCAUUACGGAUAACGACGAGACUGGCAUAAGACCCAACAAGACGUAUCUAGCACUUGCAAACGAAGUUGGUGGGUCUUCAAACCUGAGUUUCUCAGAAAAGGAUGUCAGAAAUUACAUUACAAGCAAUCUCCGAUGCUCCGACAAUGCGGACUUCAAUGGGAUGAUGAAUUAUUUCCUUCGAAUGAAGGAAAUCAAUCCCAACUUCUUUUAUGCAUGA